AUGGUGCUGGACACAGUGUUCAAAGGCACUGAAAUAAGACCAGGAGACUGGUUUUACGCAUCUGUCAAGUUAUUUCCCGAUUUGUUCAGAGGAGUUGAACCUAUAUACAUGGUCAAGAAAAUUGUUGAUCUCUCUGCACCUUUGGCAUUCACUGAAUGCUUCAUGAACGAGAUCAAGGUACGAUUGAUGCAGUUCCAGUCAUUUCGAAGAAACUUAUGUUUGGCAAAGGAUCUUGUAAUCACAAAUGAAUCUUGGAAAAGCUUGAACCAGUACGCUAGUACGGUGACAGAACGUGGGGAGGGAAGGGAGUGGGGGCGCCAUUGGACCUCGAAAAAUUUCAAAGUUUUUUACCGAAUUAUAAAAGUGCGCAAAUGGCUUCUUCAUACUUGUGAAUAACU